CUCAGAGGGGACAUAUACACUGAUCAUCAGGGCACUGAUGAUCAUUCAGUGCCACCUGUCAGUGUCCAUCAGUGCCACAUCAAUCAUAUCAGUGCCUACCAGUGCAUAUCAAUGCCACAUAUCAGUGCCCAUCUGAGCUGCCUUUCAGUGCCACCUAUCAAUGCCAGUCAGUGCCACAUAUCAGUGCCGCCUAUCAGUGCCAGUCAGUGCUGCCUAUCAGUGCCCAGCAGUGCUGCCUAUCAGUGCUGCCUAACAGUGCCAGUCAGUGCCGCCUAUCAGUACCAGUCAGUGCUGCCUAUCAGUUCCACCUAUCAGUGCCACCUAUCAGUGUCAUAUAUGAGUGCUGCCUUUCAGUGCCCAUCAGUGAUGCCUGUCAAUGCUCAUCAGUGCCACCUACCAGUGCCUGCUCAUCAG